UUCUCGGGGUCCAUUUGCGUCGCCAGUGCAAUCGCUGCAGCUUUAACCGGUCCAUCAUGCCUUGCGGUGUCCCAGUUCAGUUCCGAUGUAAUGUACAACAAGCUCUGUGGUCUCCCUCAGUGACGGCCAGAGCAGCAGGCUGACAGACAGAGCGGCAGAUGUUGAAAAAAAGCCCCACGUUUUGUCGGAUGUCCAGCAGCCGGACGGACGCGUGUUUACAUCCACUCGGAUAGAGGCGGGGAUGUGCGCACACCGUUAACUCUGCUGCAGGCGCGGAAUAAACAGGAUCUCCCCGCAAGUGGCCCGCAUCACAUGCAGCGGAAAGUACCGGAUUUUAUUCCAAAGAGAAAUACUGAGGCAACAGCACAACGGGAGAGUGUUUUUUUGUUUUGUUUUAAAUGCUCUGACACACUGUGAUCUACUGCUAAAAAGAGGACGCACCGGCAGGUACACUUUGAUUGAGAAAUGGCGUGAUACGGAACGUCACCUGGCUCCACAAGAGAACCCUGUGGUGUCCCUCAACAAGUGGGGUCAGUAUGCCAGCGACGUCCAGCUCAUCCUCCAACGGACCGGCCCGUCCAUUAGCGAGCGGCCCACCUCUGACGGGCAGGCUCGCGUCCCAGAGCGUGGGUUCUACCGCCAGAGCCUGCCGCCUCUGGCCAAGCUCCGCCCGUCAGGGACAGACCGCUCGCUCAAACGUAGGGAGCCCAAACGCAAGUCCCUGACCUUCACUGGAGGGGCCAAGGGUCUGCGGGAUAUAUUUGGGAAAAGCAAAGACACAGAAGCCAAACAGCCCCAGCAGCGUGGUGUGAGCCUGAACCUGCGUAGGGUUGGAGGUGUUGGAGCGUCAUCUGUACCUGGGAGUCCAGCCAGAGAGCUGAGCCGGCUGGUGCAGCUGCAGAGAGACAAACUCCAGGCCCUGGAGAGCCGUCUGCUGGGCUGCGAGGCUGAGCUGCGAGACUGGGAGGAGGCUGGUGGCGAGGCCAAUGAAGGAGGAAACCUGGAGGAGGAGCUGCUUCUUUUAGAGCAGCAGGUGAGGAGGAACGAUGCAGAGAUGGAGGAGGAGGAAUUCUGGCAGAACGAGCUGCAGAUUGAGCAGGAGAGCGAGCGGCAACUGCGGCAACAGCUAGCUGAGCUGCAGGGCGGUGUACGCGACUGCGAGGCGAAGCUUUCAGAGUACUUAACACACAUACAGAGCAUGGAGGCAGGCCUGGAGCAGGAGCGGCUGCAGCAGGAGGCCGAGCUCAACCAGAAGGUCAAUGAGGAGGAGGUGCAAGCACAGCUGGAGAAGGUGAGGGCUGAGCUGGAAAUGCAGAGCCAGCACACAGCUCGGCUGGAGAGCAGCUGCAGGGCUUUGGAACGCUCACUUGGCCAGUCCAGCAAGAGAUUACAGGAGAAGGAGCAGGAGCUUGAGCAGCUGACAAAAGAGCUACGACAGGUCAACCUGCAGCAGUUCAUUCAGCAGACUGGUACCAAGGUCACCGUGCUGCCUGCCUUGCCUACAGGAGAAAACAACAACGAAGUGGAGUCUGGCUCUCUGAAACGACUUGGCUCUUCUCGUCUCUUGCCCAGUGACCUUCGCACUCUUCAAAGCACCGUGUCCUCCAGCCUCAACCCUGAAGGCAUCUAUGUGUGACCCCAAACUGUCCAGGAGACAUUAUUUUGGCAGCAGGGUAGCCACAUGUUACGAGGACUGUCUCGAUGACUGGAAGGCUCAAGAACUGACUCCCUGAACUGCUGGAAAGCAGGGCACUGAAAUAAACCCAGCUCUAGGAACAACCCUGAGUGUGGAGGAUGUUGGCAAAUGCAUUACAUGGAGGAUGAGUGGUGUAUCACAAAAAAAACCCACAAGAAGACUUUCAUUCAUCUGUUUUGCAUCUUUCCUGCACUGCCUCCUCUUCCAUCUUACUAAGACUAAAACUGAUGUCAAUAUCCAUUUGCAAACAUUUAAUCUACUGUCUGGGUGAGUGAAGAUUUAUUUUAAAUCCCUCUCAGUCCACAAAAGCUACAUUUUCCCAGAAAAAAACAAAAACAAACUACAAGCCAGUAGAUGUAUUUUUGUUGACUGAGGAGGCUUUCGGCCAAACAGUGCAGAUAAACUUCAUUUUUUAAAUCAUGAACUGGAGAGAAUUUCAGGAUGCAAACAGACACAUGUAAACAUAAUCCAUGCACGAGCAUGCACAAACACACCUGUGCUAUAACCAUAGCCAUAUCUGAUUGCCUUACUCUGGUGUUUUAAAACCAGACGUCAAUAAUCUAAUGUUAAAACAGAACUCAAGGUAGCUACUGAUAUAUGCGCCAUAUAAUUAAGAACGCUUAGCACCAAUUCAGGUGAUACCUAGUCAUGGUAACUGAUGUCAGUAUAACUCAACAUUGGCUCCUUUUCUUUGAUAUGUGUAAAUGUUUGUAUUGAUUUUAACCGGAAAUAAAUUAGCUUUCUUAUUUCCUGUGUUUGACAAAAACAGAAAAAUCUUUGCCCAUCAUUUAAAUUAAAUGAUAUAAAAGAAAUUGAGGAGAAAAUAGACGGAGGAACAUCAACUACUGGACAUUUUCAGUGAAAUAGUUUGACUUUAUUUUCAGUUUUGGUGCACACUUGGUGCAGAGCCAUUAAUCUCCUCUUUGUUUCAGUUGAACACUUCUUCCAAAAGCUCUGAAGUGUGUGAAUGGAGCGACGAGCGAUGACAGAGGCCUUUGAGCCCGCAGAGUAAAUACAGCCCUGUAAAUGUUGCAAACAAUGACUGUAUACCCUGUCUGACCACCAGGUGGCGACAAAUCAUAUAUUAUUCAGACAGGUGAAAGUUAACUGUGUUAAAGUUACUCCAGGUCUGAUUUUAUUUGCCUUGGUUCAUUUGUAAUAGGUCAAAUAUGACUGUGUAUAUUGUUUUGUAACAAAGCCUCAGCACUUGAGCUUUCAGUGUAUAAUCUGAAGUUCCACCUAUAUUGUUGGCCAAGUGUUUGCCACGUUUCACUGUGUUCAUCAAGCAGGGACAAACACAAACACACACACUUCUAAAAACAGCAUCACACCAACAUACUGUAGUCUUUUGUCUUUUGAUUUUUAACAUUUUAAUGAACUAAAGAUGUCUCAUAUGAACCAAAGCUAGUGUGUAAAAGAUUAAUAGUUGCAGUAGAUGAAUGUACUUUUUAUAUGGAUGCAACUUACGCCUGUGAAGUGUACCAACUUGAAAUCAAACAGUAGUCGCAUUUAUUUUUAAUGAUUUCGUCAUUUGGAUAGUUGAGCUCUGUCACACAGGAAUAAGAGAGAAGACAUAAAGUUUCACAGGAAAUAAAGGGAUUUGAAAAUUGACAACACCUUUGUUUCUCUACAGGCUACAAUACAAACCAUAUGUAAUAUAUAUUGGGUUUCUGGAAUGAAAUCUCCAAUAGCAUUUGAUCUUAAAAUCAUUUAAAAGUUUGUGGUUGUAUAUCAAACCUGAGAAUUAUGAAUUUGUGGAAAAAAAUAGCAGUUGUAAAAACAAUUGAGAUAAAUAAUAUUUUGGAUGAAUUAUAUCCACAGUACAUGCACAUUUAAGUUACAAGUGUACAUUUUGGCCCUGCUUUGGGCUGUAAAAAUGGGACUUAAAUUCAUACCUGGGAAUUUAAUUUGGCUUAACUUGGAGUGCUGAGUGUCACACACAGUUUUCUUUUCAGUCUGUAUUCAAAUGUUCUGCUUUUUCAGUCUUUGUGCAGCCUCACCUUGGAUGUAACUUGUGCACACAAUACAGUGGUGGUAAGUACAUUUACUGAACAAAUUUGAGGUACUUGUACUUUAUUGGCACUAUUGGCAUAUUUAGAUUUUUCCUCAAGUAACAUUUUGAAUGCAUAACUUUAAGUAAAAGUAGCAAUACCACAGUGUUAAAGUCCCCCUCCACUCAAAAAUCAGUUUUUCUUCUUGUUCCUACA